UGUGUACCAUUGCCCGCAGCUCGCGAAAUCGAACAGUGUACAAAAACGAAAUCAACAGCUCCCAGUCCCAGAACGCCGUCCCAUAUUCCCUUUGCCAGUCCGCGUCAGAUCCCGGAAAUAGAUGCUAUUUGACAAUCCUCUGGACAAACAAGAAAACGAUAUCCAACGCUUGUGUUCACAUCUUGUAAGGCCCGCGCCAAGUAGUGACUCUGCCAGGUGUCCUCCGUCGCGAGGCCCACAAGGCCCUCGAGGCCCUCCACAAGAUGGACGCUUCCGGCGUCCUCAUGAAGUUACUGGACCGAGUCCAGCUCGAGCUUGACAUCUGCAAACCUCUCAUACCGACCUACACCCAUCUUCUAUUAUCUACGCUCUUCCCCAUCUACAUCGGAGCCCAUGCGUCCUUGACACGACCCGCCUCGGCAGCCAAGCCAACCAGACUCAAACGCAAACGUGGAGAUGAUGAAUCUGCUAUUGAUGGGGAAAACCAAGAAGACAGCGACCAGGAAGAUGAAGAGGAGGAAACCAGCGUGAAGAAAAUGGAAGGCCUCGAGCCAUCUGACGCCAUCAUGUUUCCCGUAAUGGCCGGCCUCACCCUGGCUGGUCUAUAUUUCCUGAUCAAUUGGCUGAAGGACCCAGCUAUCCUCAACAAAUUCCUGGGUUUUUACUUCACGCAGGCAGGAACCGUCUUCGCGAUUGCAUUUCUGCGCGACGGAUUCUCGCUGUUCCGAUCCUUGAUUUUCCCAUCCCACUACGCUCUGGAUGGGUUUCUGUGGAAAGCAAACCAUCGUAGAAGGAUUUUUGUACCUGUGGGACAUGACGAUUUACCUCUAGCAGUGGUAGAGGACGAGGAGCAUCGCAGGUCACCGUUACCGGGCUAUCUAGGAAACAUUCCUUUGCCCCCCUCAUUUUUGAAUACCCUCUGGCACUUACGCGACUUCACAUAUAAGAAAGCCUCGGUACGCGCCUACAUCCACGCCAUCGUCGAAGUCAAAAGUCGCAUCACGAUCUUUGACGUCAUAAGUACCAUUCUUGCGCUCGUGGCCGUGUAUUUUUUCACUUUCGUGACGAAGCCGUGGUGGUUAACCAAUUUCUUUGGCUUCAGUGUCUCCUACGGAGCCAUGCAGUUCAUGUCGCCUACGACGUUCUGGACAGCCUCGCUGAUUCUUGGUGCCUUGUUUUUUUAUGAUAUUUAUUUCGUCUUUUUCACCCCGCUGAUGGUUACGGUUGCUCAGAGCCUGGAUAUACCAAUCAAGUUGGUUUUCCCGCGCCCUGCAGCGCCGGGGGAGGAUCCUGAUCUGAGCCGCAUGGCUAUGCUAGGGUUGGGCGAUAUUGUGAUCCCGGGCAUGGUUAUCGGUUUAGCGCUGCGGUUUGAUCUUUUCCUUCAUUACAAGUCAAAGGCCGCUUUAUUGAAGCAACCUGCCAAGAUCCCAUAUGUCAGUGCAACGGGCCGUUGGGGCGAGCGUUUCUGGACAACGUGGUUCGCAUCUGCAUCCAGGUAUUCGCCGAUCGUUCAUCCUCAGCUCCUGGAUGGAAGACUCACGUCCCACGAAGCGAAGAACUUUCCCAAGACAUACUUCCAUGCUAGCCUUGUCGGGUAUGUAGUUGGCAUGCUGGUUACGCUGUUAGCAAUGCAGAUAUCCAACCAUGCCCAACCCGCUCUUCUCUAUCUUGUCCCAGGUGUGCUUGGAUCUCUGUGGAUAACUGCCCUCAUCAGAGGCGAUAUCAAAGAGAUGUGGAAUUUCUCCGAUGCGAUUGAGGAGGAAGAAGACAAAGAUGCGGAUAUAGGGGGAAAUAAUACCGGUGACAAGGACAACGAUAAGGAGAGGGAGAAGGAGAAAGAAACGUUUCCUUCACCUUUCGGAGUCGUCCGCAAGCUGUUUUGCAAAGAGGAUACCUUCAAAACCCCGGCGCCCUUAUCUAAGAAAUUGGAUCGCAAUGAUAAGGAUAAGGACCAGACUGAUAACCGCGCAGCACAAGAAACUUCCACGUCUAUAGACCUAGUAUUAUUCUCCAUUUCCUUCCCCAAGUCAAAGCGGCAGUAUAGGAAAAUCACCACCACCAAUGGCAAUGACCGACGAGAAGACGAAGACAUAAAUCUGCCAGUAAGUCUUCCCACGAAGCGGGUAGAUGGAACAGAGGAGGGAGAAGAAGAAUUCGAUAUCUCUGAUCACGAAAGCGAGUCUUCUUCAUCGUCCACUUCUGCGCCUGUCCUUGUAGCGGCCGGGACGAGUGCGGAUGUCGAAGAGCCCGUACUGAAGAAGCGGAGGACGCGGAGGGCCGGGUAG